GACCACCCAAAAAAUGCAUGGGCCACACCUCUGCCCUUUUGCAUUCUCUGACUGGUCUCCAGUCACUGCUCUUCCACUUCCUACCCCACCCCACCCCCCUUUACCUUCCCAUCCCCACUAGCAGCAAAGGCUGGGCUAUCACCCCAUCAAGGGCCUGGUAAGGGCAAGGGCUUCAGUAGAUGUUAUUGAGCGUGCUCGGCACUCACGAGCAUGCUCAGUAGAGUGCCUUGAAUUCCGUCCGGGGCGGGCAAGAGAGUUUGUGCUUGCAGACUAGCGGGGGAGAGAUGGGGGGAGAGGGAAAGAGAGAAGCGAAAGCAAUUAGGAGCUCUGUGGAAGGGAGAUGAACAGCUGGUGCUCAGGCUCAAGGCACGGACCUAAAGUUAAGCAGAUGUCAUGGCUUUCCGGAACAUGAACAGAAAGAGGCAUAUUGGACUGCAACAACUUUCAGCUUUGGCAUCCACUGGAAGGACAUUUUUAGGACCAGUGAAAUCAUCCAAAUUUAUUGUUGAUGAAUGUACUCCAGGUGGUGUGUUGGUUUGUUCUGCAGUAAGACUUCUUGAAAGCUUGGAUUUAACUAGUGCAGUGGGACAACUUCUUAAUGAAGCCAUCCAAGCACAGAACAAAGAAUAUAGAACUGGGACAACUACCCUGUUGUUUCUUGUUAGCGUUUGGAGCAAGGCUGUACUUGAAUGCCUUCAGCAGGGUGUUCCCCUUUCCAUAGUGGUAGCUGAGAUGUAUGAAGGCCUGAACUCUUGCAUUGAACAUCUGCAGUGCCUUACAUUAUCACUACACAACAUGCAGCAAAGACUAUAUGAUAUUCCUAUUAAAUGUGAUGACAAAGCCUCCGAUGACAUCUGUUCUGGCACUGCUGGAAGACAAGUUGAAAUGGAAACUCCAGAUACCCAGUCCUACAAUAGUUGUUUCACCCUACUUGAACAUCCUUGUGAUUAUGCACAAGUAUCAGAAGAAGAAUCAGAAAUUGCUACCAUCCAGGAAGCAAAUGCAUGCAGUUGUCAGGGAAAGUGUCCAGGAGUAUUGACUGCAGGCAGCACAGUUAGUUCACUAGGUAAAUCAGUCGAUACCAGUUGUGGUUUUACAGUUUGCAAAACUGUGAGUCAGAAAAACUGCGGCUUUCAAAGCUGUCCUUUAGGUGCCUCAGGCCGUGAGAAAAUAUCAAAAGUAACCCUCUUCAGUAGGCACUUAAGCAGUAUAAAAGAAAGUCCUUCACUGCAGCAAACCAGCCAGCUGGCCAAAUGCACAAAACAUUUUAAUGGGUUAAGUGAUUUGGGACAACUAGCAAUGUCUUUGAGCCAUGGAAAUUGGCAUGCAAUGAAACUGGUACAGGACAUUCUCAGAUGCCAGCUGCAGACUGCCAACACAAUGGGUGAUGUCCAUCCUUUCCAAUUUAAUAUUUCUGAAGUUGUGACAUGUUGCUUACCAGGCAUGUCUGAAAGUCAUUCUUGUGUCUGUCCUGGGUACAUCACCUUAUUACACCCAGAGAAAGCUGCUGUUGCUAAGCAGCUCCAGGAUAGGCCUCUUCGUAUUAUUCUUGCCAAUGGUGACCUGAGCGAAACAUACCACCACCUGGGGUUUAACAGGUCACAGAAUGUAAGAAUGUUCUUAGAAAGUCCAGCUGCUGAAGAGAACAGCUCAAGAUUGUGGGUCAACUCCAUGUUGGAUAUUCUGAUUCAGUCCAGGGUAAAUCUAAUUUUGGUAGGAGGCAACACAUCAGCAAGUUUAGAAGAAAGAUGCCUGCUGAAUAAUAUAGUGACAAUUAACGGGGUAGCUGACAAUGUAUUGAAGGCUUUUAGUGAUGUUACAAGAGCAGACAGAGUGACUUACCUCACCCAAGUUAAUGAGCAUUGCAUAGGUGAGGGUGUUUGUCUGAACCUCUUUGGAGCAUUGAAGUUAAAUUGGGUUGGACUGGAUGGCCAAAUGCCAGUUGCUUUAACAGCGAAAGGCAUUCACCUGAUAACAGCUGUGCUUAGUUGCCCAGUUAUAUCCAAGAUGCAAGCCAUCGAAGAUCAGUUUUGGACCUGCGCUCACCGUGUACAUCAUGCCCUUCUCGAUCAAGCAGUCUUUCCAGGAGGUGGCACUGUGGAGCUCCUGUGUCUCGGUUAUCUUGAGAAUCUGGAGAAGGCAGCCAAGAAUUCCAGCGAAGAAGGGUUUCAUGCUGGCCACUCUUGGCUUGCAAAUACUUCAGAGCAAUAUAAAGCUCUGGUGCUUAAUGCUUUGUCACAUGGUUGGCACCAGUACAUUUGUACUGUUAUGUGUAACACUGCAGACUCUGCAUCGGAGCUUGAAGCCAGCACCUUUAUACAACAGCAUCUCAGGAAAGCAGCCUUGAGUGGUUUGCCGUCCACUUACCUGCUGGAUGAGUUUAAAAGGGGGAAGAUGGGAACAGCAAGCCCUGAACGUGGUGGGACAUUUGAAAAGCCUCUGGAAGUAUAUGACAAUGUUACUGCUAAGAUGGAAGCGUGGCGUAGAGCUCUAGAUUUGGUGCUGUUAGUGCUUCAAACAGAUGCUGAAAUUAUCACAGGGCCUAAGAGGGAUCAGUUGCUAAAGUCGCAGGCCUCAAGUGAGUUCAUGUUUUUGUAAGUAAUGUGUAGGCCUGCAUAUGGUUAUGUGAACAAGUAUUCCUGGCCAAGCUCAGAAGCAAAAAAAAUAUUACGAGAAUUAAAUUCAGAAUGAUUGCCUUCUUCGUUUUAGAAAUAAAAAUCCAUUCCCAAGAAAGGACUCAAGUCAUGGAAGGGCACUUCCUCAUAAUCUCCAUUUAAUCAUAAUCUCUCUUAUUUUUUCCUAGAUUAUGCCAUUGACCAUAAAUGUGUUAUCAGUAAGUUCCAUUCAUUUCAGCAGGACGUAAAAUUGUGUGAUAAUCUUGGCUCCCUUCAAGCUGAACUAUAUAAGGGCUCCAUUCUACAGUACAACUAGUUUGUUUCUUUUUAAACUGAUAUAAUUCUUCUUUAUAAAUUCAGAUGGUGCCUUUUAACUUUGUUUUAAGGCAUGCAAAUAAAUAUUAAGGUUAUAAAUUUGGAGGGGACGGGACCAGUAAAUCAUUAGGUUACAUAGAUGUAAGCAAUAAAGUGCCAUUGAGGUUUCUUUUUGGAAGUUCCAGUGGCUGUCCUUGAGGAGGAAAUCUGUUAACUCCUCUCUGGGGAGAGGGAUUAAUUGUUAAGCCACUCUGGGUAUUGUAGUCUUGUGAGGGGAAUGGUGAUCUCCUAACAACUCUUAAGCAUCCUUAAUAAACUACAGUUCCCAGGUUUCUUUGGGGGAAGCCCAUGACUUUCAAGCAGUAUAAUACUGCUUUAAAUGUAUACCGGUAGUACAUAUGAGGCCUUAUCUCAGUUGUUGAUGUUACCCACAUUUGCAGUUCCUCAAAGGACCCAUAAGAUACCUCAAAGGGAGUUCAAAUAAAGCCUCUCUGCAGCUUAACUCUGCCAAAACAACUCUUGUAUAUCACAUCUGUUGGGAGGAGUUGCUGACAGAGGAACACCAGUGUUUUACUCGAUCCAAGGCUACCCAGCAGUGUUGUUGUUUGGGUCCUCGCUAAUGUGCAUAAAUUCAGAAUUGUAGCAUGUUCUAUAUGCACUAUAGAUUAUAAAGCAUUGUUUGUUUGUUUCUGUAUUUUAUUUAUUUAUUACAUUUGUAUCCCACCUCUCCUCCAAUGAGCUCACGGUAAUGUAUAUAGUAUCUCUGUCUCAUUUCAUCUUCACAAGAACCCUGUGUGGUUGGUUAGGCUGAGAGAGGCAACUGGUCCAAGGUCACUCACUGAAUCUUAUGGCAUGGAUUUGAACCCAGAUUAUAGCUAACUGCAUCUGAUAGAGUAAUUACAACUUGCCUCUAAUAAUUAUUAGCUACCUAGUGUCAAGUAGAUUUCUUCUAAAGGCUGACUACAUGUUGACAAAUAGGCAUGUAAGCUUUUUUCAUGCUGUGACAAAUAGCAGUUGUGGGGGAUUUUCAUGGGGAAAAUAGUGCAAGGGGAAAGGGUUAACCCCCCCCCAACCAUGUUUGCAGUAGAGAUCCCUCUUCCUCCUUGAAAUAGCUGUCUGUAAAAAGUUUCUAGUGAGUUGAGAUGCAUUUCAUCCAUAACAUUCAUAACAUUGCAGCCAACAAACCCUUUAAAACGACUUACCUUUAAAAUGAGUAGUUCACACAUCGUAGGAAGCUCUUGUGGAAAAUGAACGUAAAUGGUGGUAGUUGCAUGAUUUCCUGAGGCUGAAACCUUUCCGGCAUGACACCAGUGCCUGGCACCAGUUGUGUUAAGAUCAGAUUUAUACGUGGCAUAAACUGUGGUUCCUCUCUUGCACUCAGAUGCAUACAUUUUUAAAGCAUGACAUUGGUAGCUCACAGUUUUCAAGUGUGGUUGGGAAUUGGAAGCUACUUCAGACCCUGGAAAGUAUGAAAAGCCUUCUAUACUUAAAACAAACUAUUUUCUGAGCCAUCAACACCAUAACUGAUUCCACUAACAUUCAUUUCAGGAACAAGCAAAUCCCAAUGAAACUUAGGACUGGGGCUGAUGCUUUUAAAAAGGUCAAAGAUGAGUGCAGCAUUUCUUUCCUUGCAUUUGCAAAAUGCUUGUUGAGAAGGGAUCAUCAAUGUCUUUGUAAAGUUGGAGUGGUCAGAUGUGGGGGAACGAUAGUACUCUUCAUAUACCUAAAGGGCUGUUCUAUAGAUGACGGCAAAUACUUUUUCACUGUUAACCUAGUGGGCAGCACUAAAUCUAAUUGGCCUCAAGUUACAGGAAGCUGGAUUUAUGUAAGGAUAAACCUCUUGACAGUAAGAGCAGUUUGACAGUUGCCUAAAUAGGGGGGGGGGUGAACUUUUCUUUGCUCUCUGAUUGGACCUGGACUUGGGACCCCAGCAACACCCAUGGCUGAAGAUUAAGUGAGCUAGAGCUUGAAAUAGGAUAUUGAAAUGAGAGCUAUCUUCUUUCUAUCAUCAUCAUCAUCAUCAUUACUAUUCCUUUUAGCCAGCAGAUGGCAAUCUACAGUUCUGUUUUAUACCCAAACUCUAAACACUUUGCAAAGAAGUCAGUUGAAUUAAAUCUGGUGAAGAUAUGCUCUAUAGCAGGGGUAGGCAACCUAAGGCCCGUGGCCAAUCGCCUUCUAAAUCCGGCCCACGGACGGUCCAGGAACCAGCGUGUUUUUACAUGAGUAGAAGGUGUCCUUUUAUUUAAAAUGCAUCUCUGGGUUAUCUAUGGGGACUGUCUUGUGUUUUUACAUGAGUAGAAUGUGUGCUUUUAUUUAAAAUGCAUCUCUGGGUUAUUUGGGGGGCAUAGGAAUUCAUUCAUUUCCUCCCCCCCCCAAAUAUAGUCCAGCCCACCACAUGGUCUGAGGAAUGGUAGACCGGCCCACGGCUGAAAAAGGUUGUUGACGCCUGCUCUAGCAAGGGUGUCCAAACUUUUUUCAAAGAGGGCCAGAUUUGAUGAAGUGAACAUGCGUGAGGGCCGACCAAAGU